GGACUUUUUUCUUUUUUUAAUUUUUAAUAUAAAGUGAAUUCGUCUCAUAGCAACCCGUCAUUCGUUCAGUAAUGAAAUUUGCUAGGACACUGGAAGCAGACAGUAUUCCGGAAUGGAGAAAAGCCUACAUCAAUUACAAAGGCUUGAAAAAACGGUUAAGAGCCAUUGAAAAGUUUCGGAAAACAUCUCCAACAGACGAGUCGUUGCAUAUCCGACAUAUCAUGAACGCCAUGGAGGAUGCAGACAAUGAGGAAGAUAGGCACGCCCAUCCAAAGGCAACAAGUCGAACCUCUCGUCGAAAACCCAACCGCACUCAAUCCUCCGUCUUGGACGACAGAGGAUUACAGCCAAGGGAUAUUUUAGCAAGCAACACAACCCUUCCUCGGAUAGAUUCAGUAUCGCGCCUCCAUUCUCAGGACGAUCCUUAUGAACCCGAUUUACGUUCCCUCUCACUGUUGGACGAAGCGCGAAGACAUGCCACUGAACCAGAACAAUAUUUCUUUAUCCGUCUAGAUGAAGAUCUUGAAAAGAUUUCAAAAUUCUAUAAUGAGAAGGAACGGGAAGCGGAAGCUAAAUAUGAAGCGUUGAAGCUACAAGUCAAAUUAGUGCAAGACUUUGCCAAACAACUAGAGCACGAAAGUACAUCAGGAGAUGGCGUCAUACACAGUGGUGAACGUUUGAACCCUCUAAAUUGGUUCAAAAGACGGGGUUCUACAGAAGAAGCGAUGACAUCAGAUGGACCCACAUUACCUGCGCCUGUCAAGUACAAUGGAGACCAUCAUAUGAGCUACAAUGUCGCCAGAAAUAGGUUGAAGAAAGCAAUUACGGAAUAUUAUCGUAGUCUAGAAUUACUGCGCUCGUACAGAGUAAAAAGUAGAGCUUUUUUGUUCACAGAAAAGUAACAAGCACUCACCACCUCCCUCUCAGAUAUUGAAUUUGACAGGAUUUCAAAAAAUUCUCAAGAAAUUCGAUAAAACAGCAGGAUGGAAAGCAAGUAAACUCUACAUGCAUAAAGUAGAAGGAUACCAUUGGGUUGAUUCAAACAAAAUU